CCCUCACCUGUCAGCGACAUGCACUUCUCCUCUAACGGCAAUUAGUUUCCAGCGUGUUCCUCCGUCGCUAAAACGGACCUGAGAUGUUAUUUUUCAAAAUGCCGGGACACUGAGUUCAGUACAGUGCGUCCCUCGUGUUAUCUGCUCCGUGUGGACUCUGGGAAUGACAUUUGUUGCCGCUAACAGGAUGGAGUGCCUGUUCCAGCGAUGCCACAAAGAGGCUGUUUUCAACUCAGUCUCCCGCUCGGUGCUGCUCAUGUCAUGUUUGCUCCUGGUCCUGACUGUGUCCAUGUAUCCUGGGUUGUGGUCCAUCGGGAUCCGGCUUCAUUCAGUGUUCACAGGAAGCUAUGUACCAGGUCACCACUCGGUGCUCCUCAUCAACAGCCCCAACGAACAGACAGCCAAGGACAUUGGCAGAGCAAUCAUGGACAGACGGCUGGCAGCCAGUAUUAACAUUCUCUCCAGGACCUCCACAAUGUACUAUUGGAAAGGUGAAAUCCAGGAUGCAAGCGAAAUCCUGAUGCUGGUGAAAACAAAGACCUCCAGGAUCCAGCAAGUCAUAGAUUAUGUGAGGUCUGUGCAUCCCUAUGCAAACCCCGAAGUCCUCAGUUUCCCCGUGGAGGACGGCAGCCUGGCCUACAUGGAGUGGAUGGAUGAAGCCAUUCCAGAUGACUGAGAUAUCAUUAAAAUCAAAGCCAAUCUCAGCAUGGACUUCAGCCAAACAGGGAAACUGAGCCAUGUGUGCAAGCUGUUGAUUGAACCUUUGGAUCGAAGGGUUCAGGAAGCACUCUGCUGAAUUAAUGUUGUUACAUGACAUUUACACUUUUUUCUACUCUGGCAUUUUCACCAGAAAUUGUGCGUACCUCAGAGAUUUUAUUUUAGGUAAUAUACCAUUGCUAAAGAAAACACUUAGUGAAAAAUCUUAGAUUGGAAGGGGCCAAGUUUCCAGUGGACCAGGCAGUUUUAUAUAAAAAGGUACAGUGAUCAGCUACAACAUUAAAACCACCUACCUAACAUUGUGUAGGCCCCCCUUGCGCUGCCAAAAUAGCUGUGAACCAUUGGACCAUGGGACUUCUGACAGUGUCCUGUGGUGUCUCACAUCAGAAUGUUGGCAGCAGAUCCUUUGGAAAACUGAGGUUUAUGUGGUGGGGCCCUUAUGGAUCAGGCUUGCUCCGGCAGAUCCCACAGAUGCUCGAUUAGACCGGGAUCUACGGAGUUUGGAGGCCAGGCCAACGCCUUGAGUUCUUCCCAGUCAGUUUUUGUGGUUCCGCUUGGGGACAUUGCAGCCAUCGGAGAGUGCAGUUACAAUGAAGGUGCAUGUUUGGUCUGGAACAGUUGGUAAUGUGUCAACGUAACAUCCACAUAAAUGGCAGGAUCCAGGGUUUUCCAGCAAAACAUAGCGUUUAACAAUGUGAUCAGUGUUAGACACUUAGCCUGAGUGGUUUUAAUGUUAUGGCUGACGAGUUUGCACUAUGCUGCUGGUAUACGUAAUGAUGCUUCUGUUUCCUGCUAUGUUCCCAGUUAUUUCACAGUUAUAAAACAGAUCAGAUGGUAAAAACAUCCCAUUUAAACAAUGGUUAGUUUUAAUACACUUCCUGUGCUUCGUAGUGUGAGUGAGAUAAUCAAGAUGCCUUGGAUUGUAUUCAGAAAAUAAGUGACUCUGUAGAAACAUCACCACUCUGAGUCAUGCACUUCUUGCCUCAUGCAUUGUCAGAACUCUUCAUUAUGCAUUAUUGCUUAUGCUUUACUGCUAUUACAGGAUACGAAGUGCAGACAACAAACUCAGUAUGUGCAAUUUAUAGAGCACAUUCUGGCAGCACUUGACUUAAUGUCAGCCAGUUUGGAAUAAAUAAAAAUUUAAAACCAAGCUCGUAACACUCUGUAAUUUAGCUUUAAGCAAACAUAAAUGUUUAUUAAUUUGUCAGCGACGCUAUCACUUUCCUCUGGUCCAUGACUAGAUACUGGUGUAUAAAUGAAUGAUAAUAUAGUGAAAGACAGAUAUAUUUUAAAAUAUAAAAUGUGUAUUCAUAGUGGAAGAAACACUAAAAUCUGUCUUAUAACUACAUUAAAGUGUGUAAAUGUUUAUAAAAGGCUCCUACAUGUUAGAUGGGGAUCAGCAUAAGGCAGACUUGCAGGUUUAAUAUAUGAUAGUAAUAGUUUGCACAAGAACAUACUGAUUGCAGGAUUACAGUUCUCUAUGCUGAUAACAGUACAUUUGUCAUGCACUGCCUUGUACUGAAGCGUAUAUUGUUAGGAUUUAUUUUCAAGCCAUUUCCAAGGUCUAACAAAGGAAGAAGAACAACAUUCAGACAGGCAGAGUGAUCUUAGUGUACCUACAGAUCAUCUGUCUAGCAGUAGAGGGAGGAUGCAUGAACAAAUGUGUACACAAGGUGUUUAAUUUCCUUUACUGGUGUGAUACCACUAGCAACGCAGAGCAGUUUGCCUUGUGCGAAUUAAACUGCAAGGGCAAUACUUCUGAAUUUCAACCGUGCUGAGCUCCAGGUUGACUCAGCUUGUACUAAUAAAACAUUUACUGCAUCUUUUACUACCUCAGGUGAAGCUAUAGAGAACUGUUGAGGAUAAAUUCAUAGAUAGGAUUGGCAGGGCUCUGCAUUAGUGGACAUGCUGACUGUUUGAAGAUCUGUUUUUCCUCACAUUUUCUGUUUCACACGGAGCACAUGGAACUAAAAAUGACAAAACUUGAACUUGCCAAAUAACAAUUGAAAUCAAAUAACAGUAAAGUAAUUUCUUGAAGGACAGUAUCAGGAGUCUAAAUCUUAUCUGGAGGUUUAUAUUGAACAUAAGCUUUGUGACAGGAACAUUUUUAUGUGCCUCUCAAUAUUCUGUUAAUUACAUUUCAAAAAGGAGCUCUGAUCCCGUUAACUAUAACAUCUGCUAGAUAUACCAAGCCAUAUUUGCAGUUACACAAAACUUGCCAGCCAUGUGAGCUUACAUCAUUAAACAAAAAUACGCACCACAGCCUCGGUCUGCAGAAAGCGUUUCCGGCUUGAGGCCCCAACAAAGGAACUGCAGACAUGGUUUAGUGUGGUGUUAUGUUGGUGAAGCCAAAAUAAUCCUCCCUGUCAGGAGCAGAGAUCAGGCCAUGUGGUGGCAGUGUGUUUGUGUGAGCAUUCGGUUCUUCAGUAUCUACGUACCUAUUCAUAAAACACAGCAAUGUACAAAUACAGCAGGGGUGGAUGUUAUAUUUUCAUAUGCAAUGCCUCUGACAGCUGCCUUGGUGAGUGAUUAUUACUGUGUAAUGAUGCUCUGCCAAAUAAAGAUUGGAAUUUUUUUGUA